AUGCACAAGACCCUGCGCUGGUGUUUGAACCUGGGCAUCCUAGAGGUGACGGUCUACGCGUUCAGCAUUGAGAACUUCAAACGCUCCAAGAGUGAGGUAGACGGGCUAAUGGAUCUGGCCCGGCAGAAGUUCAGCCGCUUGAUGGAAGAACAGGAGAAACUGCAGAAGCAUGGGGUAUGUAUCCGGGUGCUGGGCGAUCUGCAUUUGUUGCCCUUGGAUCUCCAGGCGCUGAUUGCACAGGCGGUACAGACCACCAAGAACUAUAACAAGUAA